AUGACCGACUCUGCUCGCUGGAAAGCAACCGUCUACGUCGGCGGACUCUCACCCGUCGUCACCAACACGCACGUUUUCGACGCCUUCAUCCCGUUUGGCGAUAUCGUCGAGGUGCAGCUCCCCAAGUCAGACGCGCCAAACUCCACGGAUCCUCACAAAGGGUUUGCGUACGUCGAGUUUGAGGACAGUGCGGAUGCGAAGGAGGCCAUCGACAACAUGGACCAGUCCGAGUUCUUUGGCAGGGUGAUCAAGGUGUCACAGGCGAGGGCGCCGAAGAGUGCUGAUGAGGGAUUGGGUAGUAGAAAGGCGAUUUGGGAACAGGAGAGCUGGCUCGCUGAGCAUGCGGUGGAAGAUGAUGUCACAAAUCAGGCAAAGUUGGAGGAACCAGCAUCGGAUCCUAUGCAAGGUCUCGAGGGGCUGGAUGUUGCAGGUCCAAAACCAGAGUAA